AUGUCGAGGCAACUUCCAGAUGUUCAAAAUACCGCAAAUAGGACUGUUUCUACUUCACGAGGGUGUUUAGAACCGUGCAUUCGAAAGGUAUUCAAGCAUCUCAGUUCAACACACCUUUCUUUUUCUUCAGAUGAAGAAUCUAAAAACGACGGAGAUGAUACUGUUCUGGCAUCAUCAGAUCCCUACGUCUCAUAUCUUCAAGAUAGUAUCGAUGGCCAUGGCUCUGGCACUUCGACAACUCUCGACAAGUCUGAAACAUCUAGUACAAAACCUCCAUCUCAGGACGUCUUUAUUCCAUUUCCUCGAACAUCAGGCGUCAGCAUUUCGCCCUCUGGAUUCAUGGUCACUUUUGGUCUUCAUCAGCCACUUGUCAAGAUUGUCGCAGCCUCCGCACCUGUAAAUAACGAAUCUUCGUCUAAACCCAAUGAAAGCACUCGAACUCCUCGUUCCUAUCAUGAUUACCGUCAAUUAGUUGAGGGCAAAGAACAUCUUUUCAUCAAGGCUACAGACUCUCCAUUGGGCUCUAGUCGACAACAACAGCUACAUACGCAAUUUUACCAUACUCCUACCGGUAAUUCCCAUCCCCCUGGAAUAUUAAAGCGCUCUCGCAGUGCUGAAGACAUCUGCAUUGAUUCCUCUCGUGUACACUCUUCCACGAAUCCAUCAGAUGCUUCUUUCAGAGGCUCUGACUCUCCAAAGGAAGUUCUGCGUAGUCGACACUUCUCGGGAAGGAAUCCAGAGACCGGCGCUAGGAAGUCAUCCAUCACACCGUCAGGACGGAAGAUAACCGCAGCCCUUGCUGCUGAACAGCAAAAACAACAGCAGCAACAGCACCGCAGAUCCUCUUACGUAACACGAUUCACAAACCUCCCUUUGUCAACUCGGAAGAGCUCUUGUGAUCGCACAUUUUCUACUGGCUCUCCACUUGCCACAAUUAGUGAUCUUUCCGCUCUCAUUCCCAUCUCGAAGCACUUGGCGGAGAAUUACUCACUUGAUAUCACCGAUCCACGGCGCAUGUGCUCCCAAAAUUUACUAGUCGCCCUUUCAGCCGGACGAACGGAUCUAAUUCAGUUCUGGAGCUUCGUGACAACGCUCUCAGGAGCCAGUUUGCGACAGGCCCCUUUCCCAGGUCUCAUUCCACCUUACGCGAGUCAGUCCAUCGGCCAAUCCUUCUUCAAAACUUGGCUCUCACAUUUCCUGCAUCUUGGUGAUGUACAGAGCUUGAUAAUGUUUGGGUUCGUGAUGGCCGCACUUGAUGCGCAGUCUAGUCCACCAGCACUCCUACUCACGGCUCCCUUUCUACCCGCAACUGUUUCUGCUCUAGCUAGGCAGCAACAGCUCCAACGAAUUCACGGUUUAUUUCCAUCUAUGGAUUCCUCACAAAGAAGUCCUUUUCGAAGAAAUGGAAGCAAUGUGCAACAAGCGGCUGCUUCCGUAAGAAGAACAAAAUCGACAAUGGCACCACCGAAUAUCGCUUUGCUGGAUAUCCCGGAGAUGCAUCCCCUGUUGGCUGUUGAAGAUCACUCCCAAACCACCCUCUCAUUGAAAAGGUCAGGAGUUAAACGCAAACCGCUCGAGUCAACUCAAAGUCAACAAUUGCUUAACACUAGAGUUGAAAGGAACCCCCUAGAGCAAAAAACAGCUGAAUUGGUUCUCAAUGUGCCUUCUAUUUCAAGAGCUCGGUCCAACAGUUACACAAUUCACACAUCUACAUCAUCUGAAAGUGAAAGUAUAACUCCUGAGGUCUCAGAGUACUCACAACGUUCUCCCAUGUCUACGAUCUCGUCGUCUGGACUCGAACACAAAGAAUCGACAAUGACACUCGCUCCUGACAAUCAGAAUACUACAUCCUCUUCAACUCGUAGUCAUGAGAGCUCUGGUGGCGAAAGCACUGCGGUUUCACAAUUUUUUCAGUACUUUAAGGAGCAGGUGUUGAUGGACAGAAAUGGAUCGACUAUGGAGAAUGUAAAAUCAGAUUCGCCCUAUACUUCUCAUGUAUGGUUUCUUUCUUCCAAACAUAUGCUGCAAUACACCCACUUCUUAAAAGUCUACCUGGAUUUGCUCACUGCCUGGGAUUUGAUUAUCCCACGUGCCAAAAUCUCUUCACAAUGGUACAAGGUCCUUACUUGGAUGUACGCCCGUUCUUCGGCCGAAUAUUAUCACCUUUCCCUCUAUGAGCCUAUCGACCGGCAAUGCCAAGUCCUCCUGAGUCCAAGCGAAUGGCACCGACAGCAUAUACCCGUCGUGCUCACCCAUCUACUUAGCUUCUCCAACGUCCAUAGUGAGGUUAUCCGACCAACAAAUAUAUCCGGUUUGUAUGCAGACAAAAAAACUGGGAUUCGGACACCUCUUCUUCGUUGUGCGGUUUGUAACGUAGCUGCACGGGGAGUGAUUGUGGCCUGCCCUCACUGUCUCCACGGUGGACACAUGGAGCACAUGUCGGCUUGGAGACUUCGCUGUGGAAGGGUUGGUGGCGGUGAGGUGGUCUGUCCCAUCCCAGAUUCAAUUUUAGCCAAUAAAAUUCAAAGGGAAGGCAAUUUUGAAAAGAAGGAAAUUACAGAAAGUAUGACAAUGGAGAGGGGUGAAAGAUGUGGAGCAGUUGAUGGGAGUUUCAGAAAUGUUGAAGCAGACGAAGUCGGUAGUGACGAAAUGGAUGAAAGUAAAGAAGUCAGUAAAAGCGAGGGAAGUUUUGUUGUGAUUGGGAGUGACAAAAAUGCCGAAAAAGCUGACAAUGAAAAAGAUGAUAAAAUGAAUGGAAGUACUUCACGCCAAAGAAUUGAUGAAGAAGGCAAGUGA